UCACUCUCUCUCUCUCUCUCUGUAGCACUUCAAGAAACGAAAAGGCAAUUAAUAAAUCAUGUUAUUGAUUUGAUGCAACAAUUGUAGUUGAGUUGAGUCCCCCAUUAUUAAUAUUGCUCAGCUUUUCUGAAUUUUCAUGCACGUGUGAACACUCCUUUAAGGGGGAAAGCAUUCAUAAUGUUUUGAAAACAUCUUAUUGGAGUUUCCCUUUUCAUUGUUAUUCGAAGGCUUUUGAGGAUUGAUGCUUGUAGUGUCACCUUUGAGGAGCAACAAAGAUGAAAACCAAGAGGAGAUGGAGAGCUUUUCCUUUGGAAUCUCAAACGGCGGUUGUGGUGGUGGUGGUGACGAGUUUGGUGACUUUUCUGAGGGGAAUUUGUUGGACAACAUCAACUUUGACGACCUCUUCACUGGCAUCAGCGUUGACAGAGAUGCCUUGCCAGAUUUGGAGGUGUACCCGGAGAUGUUCGCCGAGUUCUCCCUCAGUGGCGGGGAGGAUUCGGAGAUGAACUCGUCGGUGGAAAACAGCAAAACUCAUGAUAAUGACGACAAGAAUUUAAAGAAAUGUGAUGAAGAUAAAACAACUUCUUCGAGUUCAGCAGGUUGUGGGCGAGGGGAGGAGAUAGUGAGCAAAAGGGAUGAAUCUAUGGUGGUGAAUCCAUCACCAAAGGAUGGUGAUGGAAAAGGAAGAAAAUCAUCAGCUCAAACAAAGAAUAAUCUUCAAGGGAAGAGAAAAGUUAAGGUGGAUUGGACACCAGAAUUGCACAGGAGAUUUGUGCAAGCUGUGGAACAGCUAGGAGUGGAUAAGGCUGUGCCUUCAAGGAUUCGGGAGAUUAUGGGAAUCGAUUGUCUCACUCGCCAUAACAUUGCCAGCCAUCUUCAAAAAUACAGAUCCCAUAGAAAACAUUUGCUAGCACGUGAAGCUGAAGCAGCAAGUUGGAAUCAAAGAAGACAAAUGUAUGGUGUAGCCGGAGGAGUGAAGAGAGAGGUGAGUCCUUGGUUGGCACCCACAAUUGGUUUCCCUCCCAUGACACCUCCUCCAAUGCACCAUUUCAGACCCUUACACGUAUGGGGGCAUCCAUCUACGGACCAGUCCUUCAUGAACAUGUGGCCUAAACAUCCACCACAUUCACGGCCAUCGCCACCACUGCCGCUCCCAUGGGUACCGACGGCCACUUCCCCAGCACCCCAAGACCCUAAGUUUUGGCACGCUCAACACCAACAGACUCCAAACGCUCCAAUCCCAGGAACAGCUUGCUUCCCACAACCUCUGACAGCAGCGAAAUUUGGAUGUCCGCCGGUUCCCGGAAUCCCACCGCCGCUGCAUGCCGUAUACAAAACAGAUGUCCGCCGCCACCGCCGCGUCCCUGCUCCUGCUGGACCCAUCUUGAACUUACAUCCGUCAAAGGAGAGCAUAGAUGCAGCAAUUGGAGAUGUUUUAUCAAAACCAUGGCUGCCGCUACCACUUGGACUCAAGGCUCCAGCGCUUGACAGUGUGAUUGGUGAAUUGCAGAGACAAGGAGUUUCCAACAUUCCACCCUCUUGUGAAGGUCACUAAACCCUAAUUCGACGACUUCUCAAUUCUCACCCAUUAGAUUUUGCGCAUUAUUGCGCAAUGCAUGGGUGAUUCAUUUCUUCUUCUUUUGCUUUUCAAGUUCAAAAGGGGCAAAUAAAAUAAACCUUUAAUUAAGAAUUAAUUUCUAAUUUCAUGUGUAAUUAGUGCAUGACUUAAUGCAGUAGACUUGGUCAUCAUUAGUCAUUUUAUGUAUGUACUUAACCCUAUGAUUUUGUACUAGUCAUGGUAUGAGACUAGGAAUCUUAAUAAAAUACUUUCAUAAAA